GGAUAUUUCGAGUAGAUUAUAUUCAGAUAACCUUGGUGGCGAGAUUAACAAGUGUCAUUUUUGUUUGUCGAAAUUUUGCUAAAUCAAAAAGAUUAAUAAAGUAGUCUACUGAACUGCCAAAUCUCGAGAUUAAGUGUCAUUAAUAAUAACAGAUAUAUGUAUAAUGGCAGAGAUUUCAAGAAAAAAAAGAGUAAAUUGGAGUGAGGCUGCCGAAGCCGAUAUGAUACAGUUCUGGCAAGAAAAAAUGCCACAGUUUCGGGCGACUAGGAAAAAUAGGCAUAUAUAUCAGGAAAUAGCGGACGCCAUGGCUUCAGUUGGCCAUAAAUAUACGGCUGUGGAAAUUAAAGUGAAAAUGCAUAAUUUCACUAAUAAAUACAAGAUAGAGAAGAAGAAAAUCGGUUCAUCGGGUAUUUCAACUUGGAUACAUUUCGAAGCGGUCCACCAAGCAAUAGGCGGCUACAAAAGUUUUUGUUCCGCCGAGCUUGCGGAAGACAGUAUUGUAGAUGUAUAUGUAGAUGAUAUUUAUCAAAUAGAGCCAAUUCAGGUGGAGUCUGAAAGCGAAGGAGAAUCGCCUCUUCCGAGUCCUCGGGCAUCUUCCGUCACCUCCAAUCGCCCUUCAUCCAGUGAAGCUGACAAAACGGUAGUGUCGGUAAUGGAUGAAAUGAGGAAGGAUUUUGUGAAAGUGUUUCAGGCGAUAAAUGAUGCCGAAGAAAAACGGCUACGUAUAUUAGAAAAAGUUGUCAAAGAUGUUAGUGAGAUGAAGGAUGCUUUCAUCGAAUUCCUUCGGCGCCAAAAUUAGUUUUAAAGUUUAAAUUUUAUAUUUUAUAAAUAAAAAUUAUAUUGAUUAUAUACAUAUAUUUACUAAAAUAUCU